AUGUCUCUCAAUAUCCCAAAUGCACCAAAUGCUGGACUCUUCAAGCAAGGAUACAAUAACUACGAUUCUGAAGAUGGAGCUGUUCUACGAAAUAUCGAUGCCUGCCGUACGAUUGCUUCAACGGUCCAAACCUCUCUCGGACCCUAUGGACGCAAUAAGAUCGUAAUCAACCAUUUGCAAAAGAUGAUUUUAACUUCCGAUGCCGCCACUAUCCUCCGCGAGCUCGACGUUGUACACCCAGCAGCAAAAUUACUGGUUAUGGCAAGUCAACAGCAGGAGGCAGAGAUGGGAGAUGCAACAAAUUUAGUCAUCGUCCUAGCUGGAGAGUUGUUGAAGAAAGCGGAGGAUCUCUUACGGAUGGGCUUGAAGACAAGUGAUAUUAUUCGAGGCUACGAGUUAGCACAAAAGUUUGCUCUGGAAGAGCUCGAGCGUUUAGUUGUUGACAAGGUGGAAGAUAUUCGAUCGCAGACAGAACUCAGCAAAGCCAUUCGCACGGUUAUUGCAAGCAAGCAAAGCGGCAACGAGGACAUCCUGGCUGAUAUGGUCGCUGAAGCUGUUCUUGCAGUUCUUCCAAAGAACCCGGUGAACUUUAACGUCGACAACAUUCGUGUGGUCAAGAUCAUGGGUGGUAGUCUGGAUCAGAGCAGAGUAGUGAAGGGCAUGGUCUUCGGCAGAGAACCCGACGGAUCUGUCAAGAAGGCAACAAGAGCAAAGGUCGGUGUAUACUCAUGUCCAAUCGAUAUCAGCCAAACCGAGACGAAGGGUACAGUCCUGCUUCACAACGCAAAGGAGAUGCUAGACUUCACGAAGGGAGAAGAGAAUCAGCUGGAGACACAUAUCAAGGAGUUGUACGAUUCGGGUCUAAGGGUUGUAGUAGCUGGUUCAACGGUCGGUGAGCUCGCCAUGCACUACCUCAACCGUUUUGGUAUUCUAGUUAUCCGCAUCCUCAGUAAAUUCGAGCUUCGGAGAUUAUGCAGAGUUGUGGGCGCGACACCAUUAGCCAGACUAGGAGCUCCGAUGCCUGAUGAGAUGGGAAGCGUUGAUAUUGUUGAGACUUUGGAAAUUGGAGGCGACCGGGUCACAGUCUUCCGACAAGAGGACGAGCAAACAAGAACGGCCACACUUGUCCUUCGAGGCGCUACACAAAAUCACCUGGACGAUAUUGAGCGAGCUGUUGAUGAUGGAGUGAACGUUGUUAAGGCAAUCACAAGAGAUCCUCGAUUGGUGCCUGGUGCUGGAGCCACAGAGAUGCAAUUGGUGGAGAGGAUACAAGCCUUUGGCGACAGAACUCCCGGACUUGCACAAUACUCAAUCCGAAAGUUUGGAGAGGCUUUUGAGGUUAUCCCAAGAACUUUGGCAGAGAGUGCCGGCAUCGAUGCUACUGAGGUGUUGAGCAGACUCUACACUGCUCACCACAAGCAUGAUGACUGGACUACCGGUGUUGACAUCGAGAAUGAGGACAAUACCGGAACUCUUGAUGCGAAGGACGAGGGAAUCUUAGAUCUUAUGAUAUCUAAGAGUUGGGCAAUCAAGCUUGCGACCGAGGCUGCUCGAACUGUCCUUUCCGUUGAUCAGAUCAUCGUUGCCCGACAAGCUGGCGGUCCCAAACCUCCAGGACCCAAUCCAGUAAGUUUUCAACCUUGA